CAUUUCUGAGGAAGACAUAAUUUUCUCAAUUCACGGUGCAGAUGGGCAGACCUCCAAUGAAAGCGCUAUUUGCCAAUAAGCUUGUAUGUUUCCAGUUCCCCAGAGUCCUGGCUACUCUUGUCUACCUCCUGGUCAUCCCAGGUGCACCGAUUUGUGGAAUUCAGACUCCUCUGCAUGGGAUCAAGGGAGGUUCCACCUUGUUUCACUUGAAUAUAAGCUCAGGAGAAAAGAUCAAAACGAUCAUGUGGAGCUUUGAAUUUGAGAAAGGUCAUCAAAAGGUUCUAUUCGAUUUCACGUCUGAGGAUGAGCCUCUAAAAUGGGGAAAUCUGAAGGACAGAUAUGAGCAGAGAGUCCAUAUGCUGUCUAAGCCAACAUCCUUGUGUAUUAGGAAUCUCACCCUUGAGGACCAUGGGUGCUAUUGUGCUCGAAUCCAGUAUCAUAAUGGAAUACUCAGUUAUCAAAGCUUCUGUCUCUUUGUUCAUGAGCCCCUCCUUCUCACCAUCAAGAAACUCUCAAAGAACCAGAGGUCAGAUUGGUGCAACCUCACCUUGGAGUGCCAGGCCCUGGAGGCUGGGGAGGAGGUGGAAAUGACCUGGGGAAGUGGGGACAUCCCCAACAUGCUACUGAAAGAGGACAGGCUAACCUCCAACUCUAGUAUAGUGAAUCUUUCCCUGCCACCGAACCUCCAGAAUUCCUCUCUCACCUGCCUGGCCAAGAGCAGAGCAGAGCAGAAAAACUUCACAUUAGACCUGCGUGAUAUCUGUGUUGAGAAGUCAAGUACCCUAAAGCCAACCUGGUCAAUUGGAAUUUUUCUUCUGCUCAUAUUGUUGGGGAUCCUGGGGACUGGAAUGUGGAUCUGUAGAAGAAAAGAAAAGAAGAAAAAAGUUACGGAUCCUUCCAAGAACCAGAGGAAUAGUGAUAACAGCAUCCAAUAUGCAGUGCUGAGUCCAGACAGGCAUCCUGAGGCCCAGAACCAGUGCCAAGAGGCUGGUGAGCAGCAGCCACAGGAGAGGGAGCCCUUGACUACUAUUUACAGUGAGAUCCAGAAGACAACUCGCCAAUACUCAGGUGAAUUAAGUUGGCCAUGCUGAUUACACACCUUUACUCCUCUCCUGGCUCUGCUGCUGUCUCUCUGGACUUCUCUAUUAUGCCAAGCAUUCUUCUCCCUCUGGAAGAUUCCUCCAUCCAAAAGUUCUUCUCACCCAGGAAGAUCUCUCCACAUACUGGUUCCCUUUUAUCUUUGGUGAGACUUCCUUCUUGGAACCUCGAUUUGAGAAAGUGCCCAAGCCAUCCACCAUCACUGCUCUGUUUCUCACAAGGCUCUCCUCCCGACUCUUCCAGUUUAUCUACUCCCCCCACAAUAUUUCAUUUUUCAGCUCUCAUUUAUAUGUUAUCUUUCCUUAUUAGAAUGGAAAUUCCUUGAGAAUAGGGACCAUUUUUCUUCUUUGUUUGUGUUUAUGUUUUCAAUGCUUAGCACCACACCUGACACAUAGUAAAUGUUUAACAAAUGCUGUUGGUAUAAAUGUUACCAUUCUUCAUAUUACAUUUAUAUUAAAUAGAGUUUUCUGCUGUAGCUAUUGAGAGCUAAGACAUUAAUCAUGAUUAGUGGUUGAAAAAUAAUUACAAAUAUCAACAUGAUUAAUGAUGCUACAUUUUGAGAAACUUUGUGAGAAAAACCAAACCUGUCCAUCACAGUAAUGUUAUUGUUGAACUUUAGAGUCACCUAGAAGCAACUGUUAGGCAGCACAGUGCUUGGCCUGGAGAUAGGAAAACUCAUCUUUGUGAAUUAAAAUCUAGCUUUAGACACUUACUAGCUGUGUGACCCUGAGCAAGUGACAACCCUGUUUUUUUCA